CCAAAAUAAAAAAAAAAACAAGACUAUUUUUAAUUGACAAAACAUGACUAUCUUUCACUGUUGUUGCUGUCUACACAUGUAUAGCUUAUUUUCAGGAAAUACCGAUUUCCAAAACGACUCGGUAUGGAAAAGAGUUAUGAUCUUAGUGCCGUUUACCAAACCAUUUUGGCUCAUAAGUAGAGUUACAUUCCACAUAAGGAGAUGGAACUAAACUAGAAUGUCGAAAAAAAACUUACUUAGUGCCCAUAUUUUUUCUUUUUCACCCCGACAAGUGUAUGAAGAUUUGCUUAAAGUUAGAAGAUGGUUAGGAUUUACUCAAAUGUAGAAGAUGGUCGGAAAUCAUCGAAGAGCCAAAUGCUUCAAUCUCGACAGUUUGGUGUGGAGUUUUGAAUCUGUACAUACUCCAAUCAUCCAAUCAAAACAAAGAAAAACAAAAAUAAUAAAACAAAAUAAAAUUGGAAUGGUUUACAGUCUGGAAUCGUGAACCGCCGGUACUCAAAUUUCUGAACCAAAAUGGACGGUAUAAACCCCGCUCACUGUUUCAGUUCAGAACCGUUAACCAAAAAUCCAGUUUCGGAUAAGUUUUCUGAACAAGAACUGAUCCGGUGGAGCUCAAAUAUACAUAUAACUUCUAUUUAAUGACAACGGAAAAUGUAAAGAUAAGAAAAUAUGGAUGAUGGACAAUGAAAUUUACAUGUGCUAAGACUCAAAUAUAACCAAAAAUGCUAGUCAUUUAAUGCAAAAGAGAUGGAUGAUGUAUAGUAGUAUUAAUAAUUAAUUGAAGGCAACUUUUCCUUUUCAUUCUAAAUUCUGAUUUACGCGUUUGCAGCUUGUGGACCUGUGGUUGACUUGAGACCAAGACUGAUACAUUAGACACCAAAAGGCCACAACUCACAAACACCAAUAACUCAUGCCAUUCUAAAGAAAUUAUGGAAUUUCCAUGAAAUUUACCAUACCAUUACUGAUGCAACAGUAAAGAAUUGAGAAAAAGCAAAGUAAAUAGAAAACUGACGAUGAAUAGUGUGGUAACCGGUGUUAGAAUUGUGAAACGACCAGAGGCGUUUACGUUGAGCGAUAAGAUGGAUCGAUAAAAAUGUGAGUUUAAGCUCACCCCAACCCAAGCCCGGUUCCACCAGUCGAAUAUGAGCACCAUGUAACAUGUUUUUUUGUAUUUUUCAUAUGUAGUGAGGAAAGAGACUUGGCCAAAGGCUGGUAAAACAACAAAUAUUUGAAAGCAGUGGAAGCCAGUAAAGCAAAUUAAUCAUAGAGCAAUAAACAGACCAAGACUCUCCAAAAGUUAUCAGCAAUGUGGACACAUACAGAUAAGUAGUAAUGUCACUUUCCAAUUAAAUAUCAUGAAAGAAAUUGAACCAUUCCUUCAAGCUUCCAUGUCACACACUUUACACAUGGCAAUUUAGUAACCAGAUAUGAGGCAAAAGCACACAUGGUAAGAUACGUACCUUUCUUGAGAAUCCCAUUUGCGAAUUCCUCAACUAUCACCACAUCAUGCACCAAAGGCCCUCCGUUUCCUCACCAGAACCAGCGCCGCCCGUGGCGCUGGAAGAGGACCGCAGGAAACCCCACAGGAAGUGGCAAAAACUUUCUAUAGCUGUACGCAGCAGCAGUGCCUUCUCUCAAGCAAGCAAGUAUCGAGAUGCAUUGCUCAAAACGUUUUCACGCACUCCUUCUUACACGGCAAUUGAUGUCGAAUCAGAAUACUUCCCGGGGAUCGACGGAUCGAGGCUCGGUAAGCUCGUGAGAGAGAGAAACCAUGACUAUCUGGAGGAGCUUGGACGGGUUCAAGGGCUGGCAUCUGAACUCAAAACUGAUGUCAGUAAGGGCAUUGAGGCUGACACUGAAGCCAUUUCCCACCGGCGGCGGACUUUUGGCUCGAACACAGUUCAGUUGCCAUCUUCAAAGAUGUUAGGGAUUGUGCUGGAAACCUUCAAAGACCCAAUCCUUGUUGUACUACUCCUGGUUGCUUCGCUUUCCUUGUGUUUUGGGAUCAAAAAAGGGUUCGAAGGGGUCUCCGAUGGGCUGUCCAUAUAUGUCUCUAUACUUGUUGUAGUGGCUGCCAUUUCAUUCAGCAAUAUCUGGCCAACAAGACAAUUCCACGCGCUCUCCGAGUCCAACAUCCACACGACCACUCGUGUCGUAAGAGACAACAAGGAGCAACAGAUUCCAGCAAGUGAAGCUGUGGUAGGAGAUCUUGUUCACUUGCAGAUUGGAGAUCGAGUUCCAGCAGAUGGGUUGUACAUACGAGGGAAAUCAUUUCAAGUAAAUGAAGCCAUCGACAUUGUGGACAUUUCGCCCACCGAUGAUAACCCCUUCUUGCUGGCUGGAAGCAAAGUCACAAAAGGUAGUGCUCAAAUGCUUGUCACAGCAGUAGGCAUGGAAACAAAACGGGCGGAGACCAUGAGCUCGAUAAGCCUUACUGAAGAUAAGACACCUUUACAAGUGAAGCUACACAAGCUGACCCAUAAUAUAGCUAUGAUUGGAUUAGCUGUGGCGUUAAUUGUCCUCAUGAUACAGCUGAUCAAAUACUUUACACGGAACAUGAAGAAUAGCAGUGGAGCAGUUGAUUAUAGUGCAGACAAGAGCAUCGCUCAAGUCUGCAAGGACAUCAUUGGGAUCCUAGUCAUGCCAAUAGUGAUUGCAACAAGUGCCAUUCCAGAAGGUUUACUACUCGCUGCCACAAUAACUCUUGCAUAUUCAACCAAGAGAAUGGCAGCUGAAAAGGCACUGGUCAGAAACUUUGCAGCUUGUGAGGCAAUUGGAUCGAUUAAAGUAAUCUGUAUCGACAGGAGCGUUGCCAUUUUGUGUUAUGAGGAUUGGGGCAAAACUGCACAAUCAGUCAAGCUCGGUGUUAGCCGAGCUUAAUCGUGCUCGGUGAUUAGUGCUCGGUAUUAGCCGAACUUAGUCGAGUUCGGUGUUGGCCGUUGUUAUUAACUGA